UCACACUUCUCUUUUGUCCCUUGGGGAUUUUAAUCAGCAUAUCCAGUUUAAGGAUGGUCACAUCAUUAAACUUUAUUUCUUGGCCAUGGUUUCCUCAACAUUCAGAUUAUUGAUCCUUUGUACACAACUUGCCUUAAUCAUUCUCAUCAUCAAUAUUAAUAUCACUCAUGCACAGCUUCAACCGCCUGAAAUUCCAUCAGCCGUCUGUGAUAACAACAAAGGCAACUACACCACUAACAGCACCUGCCAAAAAAACCUCAACAACCUCCUCUCCUCCUUGCUCUCCAACGGCAACGGUUACGGCUUUUACAAUUCCUCCGGAUCCGACAGAGUUUAUGCAAUCGGACUUUGUAGAGGAGAUGUUAAGUCCGAUGCUUGUGGUAAAUGCCUUACUGACGCUACUUAUGUUCUCCCGGAGGCUUGUCCUAACCAGAAGGAGGCAAUUGGAUGGUACGACAAUUGUAUGUUACGCUACUCAAACCGUUCCCUAUACGGCUUGCUGCAAACUAUUCCCAGUUACUUUUCGUGGAACGUACAAAACGUGUCAUCUACAAACUUGGAUGCGUUUAAUCAAAAGCUCACUGCCUUAUUUAAUGGACUAACAAGCGAAGCAGCCGGGGGUGGUGAUCUCCGAACGUUUGCAGUAGGAAACGCAAGUGUUGGUGCGAGUUCUAAUGUAACAAUCUAUGGACUUGCUCAGUGCACUCCAGAUUUGUCCGAGGUGAAUUGUACUAAUUGCUUAGAUGAUGCUUUGGGGGAUAUCCCAACAUGCUGUAGCGGAAAAGUAGGUGGGAGAGUUGUCACACCUAGCUGUAACAUAAGGUAUGAGACUUACAGCUUCUUCGACUCUACAACUGAGACACCAUCGCCAUCGCCACCCUUAGCAACGCCGUCCUCUGCUCCUCCUCCAUCACUGGGCACUGACACGAUUCCAAGAGGAAAGAAGAGCAAUACAUCUCGGACUGUCAUCAUUACUGUUGUGACAAUUGUUGUUUUCCUGCUGCUAAUUAUAUCCAUCUGCAUUUAUCUGAGAUGGAAGAAGAGAAAGGAAAAACUUGAAGGAGAUGAAAUUGGAACAGAAGCCUUGCAAUUCGACUUCAACUCCAUUAAAAUUGCUACAAAUAACUUUUCUGAAGCAAAUAAGCUUGGACGUGGUGGAUUUGGUGCUGUUUACAGGGGUAGGCUUUGGAAUGAAGAAGACAUAGCAGUAAAAAGGCUUUCUAGAGAUUCUGCACAAGGAGAUAUAGAAUUUAAAAAUGAGGUUGCCUUAGUAGCCAAGCUUCAACAUCGAAAUUUAGUUAGACUCCUUGGUUUCUGCCUGGAAGGAAAUGAAAGACUUCUUGUGUAUGAGUUUGUCCCUAAUGCAAGUCUCGAUAAGUUCAUAUUUGAUCCAAUCAAGCGCGCACAUUUGGAUUGGGAUAGUCGCUACAAAAUCAUAGUAGGCAUUGGACGGGGACUCCUUUACCUUCAUGAAGAUUCACGUCUUAGAAUUAUUCAUCGUGAUAUGAAAGCUAGUAACGUUUUAUUAGAUGCAGAAAUGCAUCCCAAAAUUGCAGAUUUUGGCAUGGCAAGAUUGUUUGAUCUUGAUCAAACACAAGGUGAAACCAGUCGAGUUGUGGGGACCUACGGAUAUAUGGCUCCAGAGUAUGUAAUGCGUGGACAAUUUUCUGUCAAGUCUGAUGUUUAUAGCUUUGGUGUGUUAGUUUUGGAGAUUAUAAGUGGACAAAAAAAUAGUUCUUUUCACCAUGGAGGGCACGUGGAGGAUCUUUUAAGCUAUGCGUGGAAAAGUUGGAAGGAGGGCACAGCUUCAAAUUUAGUAGAUCCUAUGUUGAAGAACGGUUCAAGACCAGAAAUAAUGAGAUGCAUCCACAUUGGACUGUUAUGUGUGCAGCAAACUAUAGCUGAUAGGCCAACCAUGGCUGCAGUGAUUCUCAUGCUUACUAGCUCCUCUGUUGAUAAUCUCCCAGUACCUUCACAACCAGCAUUUUUUAUGGAUGGUGGUGGCAUUGGAUCCUCAUCCGACAUGUCGUUGGGGUGGGAAAAUAGCUCAGGGGUGACAGGGUCCGAUCCAUCCAGAAGUGGCUCUGCCCAAAAAUCUCCACAUGAAGUUUCAAUUCCAAUCACAAGCUAUCUCCUCUCUGCCAAUGGAUCAUGAUGGAAUGAAAUGCAUUUAUGAUUAUUAUUUUUUGUUUAUGGUUCAUUUCAUUGUCUUGGUAGGUUCUCAUAAGCUAGGGUUAUGAAUCACAAUAAUAUUUGUUUUCCAAUUUUCCUAUUUAGUUAAAUGUAUUUUGAGUUGUGACAAUUGAUUACCAACUGACUUAGAUUAAACCGAUAGAGGAUAGAAAUAAAAGGAAGGGGUAUACUUUGCAUGUAAUUUAUUUCCGUUGAUUUAUUCAAUUUUUUUCUUUCCAGAAA